AUUGGAUUUGUUUUGGAUUUCCACAAGUCCUUCUAGUGCAAUUUAGAUACUUCGGUGUCGUCAUUUUGGGGACAUAUAAACAUGAUUCGAACAAUGCUUCAGCAUGCAAAGAAGCACCCUGGGCUCAUACCCCAGUUCUGCUUCCUCUUGCUGGGCAUGACUGGAGCCAGCCUCUACCUCGUCCGUCUGGCCAGGGGACCGCACGUCACCUGGAACAAGACAAGCAACCCAGAGCCCUGGAACAAGCUCGACCCCACCUAUCAGUACAAGUUGGUGGCUGUCACCACUGACUACAAGAGUCUGAAGAAGGAAGGGCCUGACUUUUAA